AACGGGCCUUACCCGGACCCAAGAGCAAAAUAAAUCAUACAUAAUAAAUACUGAGGUCCAUCGUCCGUCGCUCCAUCUCCUGGCCUCCUGCCGGAGUCCGACCCUCCACCUGCCGUAUCGCUGUGACCUUUAACUCUGCCGACCUCUACUUCCACUCGGGUGAACGUCUCCGAAAAACUUUUUCCCUCUUACGCCAAGCCGCGUCCGCUGCUGCCACCGCCGAAGGCGUCCCAUACCCCUCUCUCCGCCUGCCGCCGCCGCCGCCGCCACCUCCUCCUUCGAACACCAGUCCUCCGUCUCUCUCGUGCUCCAACAGUCCUGAUGAUGUAAUAGGUCAAAAUUAUUUUUUUUAUCCCGAUCCAUUUACGGGGAGGCGGAGAAGAGGAGGAGAGGACUAGAAGAGGGGUCGCCGGCCUAUUUACAAAUCUCUUGGGUGCUUGCGCAAUGUUCACCAAUGACCAGAGACAGUUGGAGCGCACUGGGAAAUACGGCACUCCCAGGGUUCAAUACCUCCAGGAGCUUGUGACCGAGUUUCAGGGCACAUCCAAAGAAGAAUCGAAAGAGAGAAUUGUUGCCCAUUUGGCUAACUUCGCAUACGACCCCUACAAUUAUACAUUUCUGCGCCAGCUUAAUGUUUUGGAGCUAUUCCUCGAUUGUAUAACGGAGCCAAAUGAAAAAUUAGUUGAAUUUGGGGUUGGCGGUAUCUGUAACUCAUGUGUUGAUCCAGCGAAUUCUGCAGUUAUUAUCCAGUGGGGUGGAAUCCCUUUGAUCGUACAAUGCUUAUCUAGCCCCGUUAGAAACACUGUGAGUUAUGCUCUUGGAGCUCUAUACUAUCUCUGCAAUCCUUCUACUAAGAAAGAGAUCCUGAAACCAGAAGUUGUUGAAGUAAUAAGAAAAUAUGCUGCAGCUGAAGGUGUUAAUGUGACUUUCAGCAAUCUGGCCAAUGCAUUUUUGGACAAGCAUGUAAACCAAUGAAAUUGAUGAAUGCUGAUCGUAAGGUUGGCCUAAUCCAUCAGUUCUGAUAUUGGAUGCAUAACACUAUCAUUGUAUUCUAUAUUUAUUUACCUUGAUAUCUUCUCCUUUUAUGUCAGGCAAGUCGGGUUUUAAGGUUUCUUGUUCCCUUGAUCUUUAAAUUCCAUGAAGAGGUAUAGUGGAAAGGCAAGCUGACAAAAUUGAGUACUUGGGAGACUGAAAAGAUUUUUCUCUUUUGUACUCUUGAAGACAGCUAGAGCUUCAUCAAGUUCACUUAUUGUCCUUGCCAGAAAGAAUAGAUGCCAUACUACAUUGUGCCCUUGUAUUCACAUGUUACACUUACGAACAAAUAGAUAAAAGAGAAUAAUGUUUUUAGGA